AUGGUGAGCCGAGGAAGUCCAUUUGCUAGCGGAAAUGCGCUUACGACAGAUAUUUCUGCUUGGAGAUUUUCGGUAAAUACUUUGUGCUCGUUGCCAUUGGACGAAAUCAAGAAUGAUUGUACGCCGCGUCACGUGAGAAUGGGAAUAUUCUCGGAAGUUAAUCCCACUCCCCUUGCUCAAGACGAGGUUAAGCUCAUCGCAGCGUCCAGAGAUGUUCUCGUAAAUGUGCUUGACAUGGAUCCUGCCAUUUCUAUCACGAACGGAUUCGUUCAAUUCGUAUCCGGAUGCCCCGUUACGAACUCGACGCCGUUAGCCCAUCGUUACGGCGGGCAUCAAUUUGGGAAGUGGUGUUCUCAGUUGGGUGAUGGCAGGGCGCACAUUCUUGGAGAGUACAUAAACGCGAAAGGUGAAAGAUGGGAAUUACAGCUGAAAGGAUCCGGACUGACUCCGUAUUCUCGCGAUUUGGAUGGACGCGCCGUCCUCAGAUCUUCCAUAAGAGAAUUUCUCUGCUCGGAGGCAAUGUAUUAUUUGGGAGUUGAGACGACGCGAUCCGCAGCGCUCAUCGUCGGCAGUGACGCAGUUUAUAGAGAUCAGUUCUAUUCUGGACAGAUUCGAAGCGAAAGGGCAGCAAUACUUUUAAGGGUGGCACCCUCCUGGUUUCGUUUCGGAUCGCUCGAAAUCCUAGCACGUCAGGGCGAAUUGUUGCACCUAAAGAUGCUUGUGGAUUACAUCAUAGAAAAUCAUUUCAACGACAUCAACUUGCUGGAAGUGGAGAACCGUUACGUCGUGUUAUUUGGACGAAUAGCGCAUCGCACAGUCGAAUUAGCUGUCCGCUGGCAAAGUCUCGGAUUUGCUCACGGUGUACUGAAUACGGAUAAUAUGAGUAUUUUGGGACUAACCAUUGAUUAUGGUCCAUUUGGCUUUGUCGAAGCCUACGAUUCGAAAUUUGUUCCUAAUAGGUCAGAUAGAUUCGGCAAAUAUUCGUUGGAUAAGCAGUUGGAUGUUGUACUGUGGAAUCUGGAAAAACUAUCCGCAGCCUUUGAACCAUUCUUAGAUGAAAAUCAAAGACUGUACGCAUCGAACGUAUUGAAAAUGCUUGGCGGAUACGGAAGAAGAAAGUUAAGAUCGGUAAUGAGAUCAAAAUUAGGUUUGAUAACGGACGUUGAGGAGGACCAACAGUUGUUGGCAAUGUUAUUGUCGAUGAUGGAGGAAACUGGGGCUGAUUACACAAUGACAUUUAGACAACUGGCAUUGGUUAAUCCUGACACUAUGAUAGACUAUGAUGUAAUCAAAAAUCAUUGGUCUCUUUCUCGUCUGAUGUGUCACGAUUACUACGCCUCGUUUGUAGAAUUCUAUAGGCGGCGUCUGUACUCGGAAGGAGUUUAUAAUGACGCGGAACGUAAGGAAAGAAUGAAUGCCGUGAAUCCAUUGUACGUUCUGCGAAAUUGGAUGGCACAAUCGGCGAUUGAAAAAGCUGAACGGAACGACUUUUCGGAGGUUGUGCUGAUACAAAAAAUACUGGAGACACCAUACUCGGAACAAAUUGAAGCUGAGCAACAUGGAUAUGCUGCCUCACCGCCGUCACUGGCUUACCGAUUACGCAUUAGUUGUUCCAGUUGAUACAUUAAUUGUGCUGAUGUUUAGUCCUUAGAACAUGAAUCGGGACGGAAGUAGGAAAUAUCAGCAUUUUUGACCAUCGGUACUCACUACUGCUAGUAAAUAUGAUCUUACAACAGUGGAAACAGUUUAGCAUCCACUCAGGAAGUAAUAACGUCGUGUAUGCUAGCAAUGUUGCCUCAUAAAGACACUGGAAAUUUACCAAACUAUGAAAAAGGAAACAACCUCAAAGUUCCAAGGCGUCAAAGCCAUAGAACAAUCUUGCAGAUGGCUACCCUAAGGCUAGCCUGUUCAUACUAUGCGUUAACUGAAGACUAUUAAUUGUACUGUGUACGAAGUUUGGCUCGCAAAGUUUGCAAAACAUAUUUCGUAUGUAUACUUUCAGUUCGGUAUCGCAAUUCUAUGAAAUUCUGUGAAGUUUUAUAUUUAUCAUGAUUUUUACAAAUUGUAACAAUAAUAUCACUCAUAUGCCAUGACUGAUUUGA